CAUUGCCUCCAGAAUUCAAAGAAGACCUGAAGGACGUAGAAGGUGUGGAAGGUGGGACAGCAGCUCUGCACUGCGAGCUGAGCAAACCUGCUGAGGUGGAGUGGAAGAGAGGGCAGGAGGUGCUCAAAGCCAGCAGCAAAUACAAAAUGAGCCAGGCUGGUGCUGUUGCAAAGCUGCUUAUCCAUGAGCUGGAUGUGAAGGACACUGGAGAUUACACCUGUGUGUGUGGAGAUCAACAGUCAACUGCUACUUUGACAGUCAAUGCCCUACCAGCACUUUUCAAACAAGAGCUUGAGAAUACCGAGGCAGAAGAAGGUGGUACAGUCACGCUGAGGUGUGAGCUUACCAAGCCCAAGGCUCCAGUAGAGUGGAGGAAAGGAGAUACCACGCUCUACCCUGGUUUGAAAUAUGAGAUGAAGCAGCAGGGCUCCACUGCUGAAUUGGUCAUUUAUGACUUAGAGCUGGAUGAUUCAGGAAAGUACACCUGCGACUCUGGACAUCAGCAGACAACGGCUGUGGUAACCGUGCAUGCACUGCCUGUUACUUUUAAGCAACCCUUACAAAAUAAGGAGUCAGAGGAAGGAAGCACAGCUACAUUCUGCUGUGAGCUGUCGAAACCCAACGCUGCAGUGGAGUGGAGGAAAGGAGGAGUGGGGCUGCAGCCCAGCCAAAAAUACGAAAUGAGGCAGAGGGAAUGCCUGGUAGAGCUCUUAAUACAUAAUCUGAAAUUAGAAGAUACAGGAGAAUACAGCUGUGAUACUGGGGAUCAGGAAACCAAGGCUUCUUUGAAUGUGAAAGCUCUGCCAGUUCUUUUCAAAAGAGAGCUCAAAGACAAGGAGGUAGAGGAAGGAGCUGCGGUGAAAUUCCAGUGUGAGCUGACGAAGGGUAACGCAACCGUGGAGUGGAGGAAAGGCACCAUGGAGCUCUUCCCAUGUGCCAAAUAUGAAAUCAAAUUAAGUGGUCGCACAGCUGAGCUGGUGAUUCAUAACGUAGAACCAGAAGAUGCCUCUGAUUACACGUGUGAUACAGGAGACCAGCAGAGCACAGCAGUCCUCAGAGUGAAUGCCAUCAAACCCCGGCUGAAACAGCAGCUGAAGAAUGAAGAAGUGGAGGUGGGAGGAACAGCCAGACUGCGCUGCGAGAUCUCCAUUAGCAAAGCCCAAGUGGAGUGGAGGAAAGAUGGGGUCGUCCUUCAGUCAAGCUCCAAGUACGAGAUGUGGCAGGACGGCACCCUCUGUGAGCUGCGUGUUCAUCAUCUGGAGCCCGGUGAUGCUGGGGAGUAUUCCUGCAAGGCUGGAGAUGAGAUGAGCUCUGCAAAACUGACCGUGAAAGAGCCUGACGUGACCAUCGUGAGCGGCCUAAAGGACAUGGUGGUGUCUGAAGGGGACGACGUCACGUUUCGGUGCCAGGUUUCUCACGAGAACGCAAGGGACGUUGAAUGGAAGCUGCAGGAUGUUGCUCUGCAAAACAACGAAAUGAAUGAGAUCUCGGUGGAAAAAGGAAAGAUUCACACCCUGACAUUAAGGAAGGUGACGGAACAGGACAUUGGCACCAUCACUUUCCGAGUGGGACCCUACACUUCGAAAGCAGAGCUCACAGUAAAAGUGCCACCUCCAGUCUUUAAGGAGAAAUUACAGAGCACAGAACUGCAGGAAGAAGAAACAGCCGUCCUCCGCUGCGAGCUGUCCCAGCCCAAUGUGGCAGUGAAGUGGAAGAAGGGUGCCCAGGUCAUUUCCCAGAGCUCCAAGUACGAAAUCAGGCAGGAGGGAACAAUCCAUACUUUAAAGAUUCAUCACUUAAAACCCGAAGACUCUGGCAAAUACACCUGUGAUAAUGGAAAUGAACAAACCACAGCCACUGUAACUGUUAAAGCUUUGCCAGUAACCUUCACACAACCACUCCAGAACCAGCAAGCUGAAGAAGGCGGCACCGUUACUCUGAGCUGUGAAAUCUCAAAAUCAAAUGCCUCUGUGAAGUGGAAGAAGGCCGGGACGGUGCUGCGACCAAGUGACAAAUACAAGAUGCGUCAAGCUGGCUCCGUGACUGAGCUGACCAUCUGCAACCUGAGCGGAGCCGAUGCUGGGGAGUACACGUGCGACACAGGGGACCAGCAAACCACUGCAGCUGUGCUCGUGAAAGAACCAGCAGCAACCAUAGUGGAGGCACUGAAGGACAUCACUUUGCAUGAAGGUGAAGACGCGGUGUUUGAAUGCAGGCUGUCCCGGGAAACAGCUCAGGAUGCUCAGUGGUUCCUGGGGGAUGUUCCCCUGCAAUCCAAUGAGAUGAAUGAGAUCAAAGUCCAAGGGACACGUCACACUUUGAUCCUGAGGAAGGUGACACUGGAAGACUGUGGGUCCAUCAGUUUUAAAGUCGGGGAGCAUUCCUCAGCAGCACAGCUAAUGGUCCAAGUUGCUCCAGUUGCCUUUGUAAAGGCUCUCCACAGCUUGGAGCUGCAGGAGGGUGGCACAGCUCACUUGUCCUGCGAGGUGUCCAAGCCUGAUGUCCCGGUUGAGUGGAAGAAAGGCACAUCCGUCAUCCGCUCCAGCCAGAAGUGCAGCAUCAAACAGGAGGGGACCGUGCACACGUUGACCAUUCAUGACUUGAACCGUGCAGACUCAGGGGAGUACAGCUGCCACACAGCUGAUGAGAAGACCACUGCCCGACUAGAGGUGAAAGCCCUGCCCGUGCUUUUCAAACACUGGCUGAAAAACGAGGAGGUGGAGGAAGGGCGCACGGCCGUGCUGCGCUGCGAGCUGACGAGACCCAACGCAGCCGUGGAGUGGAGGAAAGGAGAUAAGGUGCUGCAGCCAAGUGACAAAUAUGAGAUCCAUCAGGAGGGGACACAGGUUGAGCUCUUCAUCUACGAUGCUGAGGCUCGGGAUGCUGGCGAUUACACCUGCGACUCAGGGGACCAGCAGACCACGGCAUCAUUGCAAGUCAAAGUGCUACCCGUGUUGUUUAAAGAAGAGCUGAAAAACGUUGAGUCUGAAGAAGGGGGAACGGCCGUCCUGCGCUGUGAGAUCUCCAAGCCGGAAGCCCCCAUUGAGUGGAGAAAAGGAGGAGUGGUCAUUCAACCCAGCGACAAGUACGAGAUGAAGCUGAAAGGCAGCGUUGCUGAGCUGAUCAUCCACGGUGUAGAGCCUGAUGACUGCGGCGAUUAUACCUGUAGCACUGGCGACGAGAUCACCACAGGUUCAGUGUAUGUGCAAGAAGAAGCAGCAGUGAUAGUUUCUGGUUUAAAGAACACAGACGUCUUUGUGGGUGAGUCGGCCACGUUCACCUGCGAGCUCUCGUACCCGGGCGUGAAGAACGUGCAGUGGUGGCUCGAUGGAUCUCCCCUUCACAACAACUUUGUGACUGAAAUCUCUGAGCAGGACGGGAUGAUCCACACUUUAACCCUCAAUGACGUGGCCUGCCAUGACUCAGGCACAGUCACCUUCAGAGCUGGGUCCCUUAUAUCUUCUGCUAAAUUAUUAGUCAAAGAUCCAACCAUUGAAGUGGUCAGUCCCAUGCAGGAUAUAACUGUUGAUGAAGAUGGCACAGCAGAGUUCAUAUGCCAAUAUUCUAGGCCAGUACACGCCAUAUGGAAGAAAAAUGAUCAGGAAAUACAUGCAGAUGGGCAGCGAGUGAUUAUCAUUCAGGACUGGAAUGUGAGCACGCUAAAAAUUAAACCUACGGUACCAGAAGACACUGGCAUCUAUUCUUGUGAAGCUGAAGGCACUAAAGUGAUGGCUACACUUGAUGUUCAAG